CUGGGGAACCUCCAGUCACUCCACGAACCUCACGGCUUCGGACGGAACCAGCGACACUGAAGAUCAAAGCCCAGCCCACGAAACCGACGUGUCCGUCAACAACUCGCUUCUGAGCCCAGAGUCGUGGUGUGAUUCUCCACCUAAGGCCAAGCGAAGGAAGAAGGGUGUCGGCAGACAUGAGGGACCUGUUCAGAGAGAUGGACAAGGACUUCAACAAGCGAGAACGCCUUCGACUGUUGGAGGAGCGGGAGUAUGAGGAGCAUGCACGGAGGGAGGCGCGGGUGGAGAAGAUACAGGAGGUGGCCGUUCUUCAGGACAUGACGUCUCUCCUGCGACAAAUGGUCCAGUGUUUGCCUGCCACGCAGCCUCAGUACAUGCACUCAGCGCACACUUCCUGCAGAAUGUCGUCACACACGGUGUCGGACUCGAUCCCACCCCACACGCUCAGGCGGCUGGCAGGGGAGUGGCUGGCAGAGGACACGCCAAACUUUGACCCGGCUGGAGUGUGCGUGGGCUCUCAGGAGGUAGAGGCGGGGCUGCUGUGUAAAACGGCGUGCAGCGUCCUGGCAGGAAGCCCCUUCUUCACCGCAGUGUUCACUGAGGUCGGCUGCACCGUGGACUGGAUUUUCCAUGAAGGAACACAGAUUGCAGUGGGUGUCGUCGUGUUCAUCAUACCUCUGUCAGGUCCAGACGCCGUUACGCUGACUGCUGUGGUGCGAGGACCGGCAAGGGGCCUCCUGCUCGGAGAACGGCCGGCCCUGAAUUGCCUGGCCCGGGCCUCGGGAAUUGCUACCCGCUGCUCUCAGCUCCAGGCUGUGGUCAAAGCUGCGGGCUGGCACGGCGAGGUGGCCGGCACACGCAAGACGACCCCAGGUUUCCGCCUGGUGGAGAAGUACGCCAUGCUGGUUGGCGGCGUGUCCAUGCACAGGCAGGACCUGAGUGGCAUGGUGAUGCUGAAGGACAACCACAUCUGGGCAUCUGGAUGCAUCACAGAGGCUGUGAAGGCGGCCCGCACGGUCUGUGGCUUCAGCAGUAAGAUCGAGGUGGAGUGUCGCUCUGCAGAGGAGGGCAGCCAGGCGGCCCGAGCAGGAGCCGACAUUGUCAUGCUGGACAACUUUCAGCCUCAGGAUCUCCAUGUCACCGCUCGUGCCUUGAAGGAAGAGUUCCCAUCUCUGCUGAUAGAAGCCAGCGGAGGAGUGACUCCAGAGACCCUCACCAAGUAUUUGUCCCCUCACGUGGACAUCGUGUCCCUCGGCUGCAUAACGCAGGGUUGCCCUAUUGUAGAUUUUUCUCUCAAAGUUCAAAAGCCUGUCACUCAUUCAAGUCUCCAACCAUUGUGUAAGGACAGUCCCCUUCACUGAAUGACAAAUUGUUUCAAUUUUAUUCUGACUUUUGUGUGUCCACUUCUGAUACAAUUCUAAAGCUUCCGAAAAGAGAAAAACAAAAAAUCUCUCAGUCCACCCAAAAACAACACUGUAUUGACUCCAUUAAAAGCCCAGAGGGCCUGCAAUUUGUGUGUGUGUGUGUGUUUGGGGGGGGCAUUUAUUGAUGAUUAUUCACAUGCAUGCAUGCUGUACCCAGUAUAGCCUUAUGGUACACAAGACUCUAAACAAAUGUUUUUCUGCAUGUAGUAGCUGCUACACAAUUAGAUAAAAUGGCUCGGCUCAAACAAACGUUGCUACUCAGUAGCAUUCAAGCUAAAAUCAUGAAAGAGAUGGCAGAGAAGGGAAAGCACCAUGCAGCUCAGCUAUUCCUAGAUGAUAGGAAAUGCAUCUGGGAGUGGUGUAGGAACAAGGAUAAGCUGGUCAAAACAGCAAAAUGGCUGCCUGUUGGGAGGGAGGAAAGUGCGUUAUGAGGACACUGAAGAGGAGCUGAUAAAACGGUUCCAACAGGGAUGGGUCUGAAAUACGAGGCACUGCGGCCGCAUAAGCAACCAGUACAGAACAGGAAACCAGAAGAGACUUGAUAUUUCGUGGCAAUGAGUUAGGACUAUUUCAUUUUCAUUUUACUCUGUUCUCUCAGGAAUUCACAAUUUCACUACAUGCAAUGUGUGCCCCCCCCCCCCCCCCCCCCCCAAAAAAAAAAAAAAAAUUAGAGGGGAGCUUUUAAUGGAGUAAAUACAGUAGGUCUGCUUACCACCUUUACAGGCCCUGACACCUGUUGGUGCUUAUUCCUAUAUUCCAUAGGGUCAAGCGGAUGAGAGUCUAUGACUCCUCCCUAGUGGACGAGAUGCAGGCUACUUCCACAACUAAAUCCGGUAACUAUUUUUACAGCUGAGUGGACUGAGACAGUGUCAAUUAAGAGUCUUGUCCAAGGACACAGACAGGUAGCAUGAGUGGGAUUUGAACCCAGGUUUAAAUAUUGACAGGCCAGCUCCUUAUCCACUCUGUGACCUUGACCUUUUGGCUAACUGUUAAAAAAAUGAUUUGGUUGUUUUAUUCCUGAAAGACCUUUCAAUUAUUGAAACAGGUUUGAUCCAAACCAGCUCCAACCUGUUUGGGUUCAGCUGCAUCCUGCACUCUGUGGGCCACAGGUGCACUGUGGAUUCUUCAAAGUUUUCCAGUAAUCUCUGCUGUUUUGACCCCCUUUAAAAAAGAAAAAACAUUUUUAUACAUUUUUUAAGUGAUUCUGGUUUAAUCUCAAAUGUGUACUUUAUUUUCUUUUUAAUAAUUUAUGUAUUUUAAUUGUUCCAGUGUUUUAUGUCAACUACAUUUUCUGCAUGAAAGGUGCUAUAUAAAAUAAAGUUUAUAAUUAUC